AUGAGGACACCCUCAACAAGGCCGCAGGUGCCGCUAAACCUGCUUACUUUCGCUUCCUUGUCACUCGUUAUUUCUGUACUUCUGUCCUCUGUCCCAUCAACCGUGGCAUCAGGCCUCCAACACAGAGCGCCUGUUCACGCACACGCACACCACCACAAGCAUUUGAACCGCUCCAAGCAUGCGGAGGAUGUCAUUCGCCACAAGCGCUUCAGUACACACCACGGCAAACGUGCACUCCCUGAAGGAUGGGCAGAACUGGGUUGCAUGUCUGAUGGCCCGGGCCCUCGUACCUUCAUCGGAGCCUCAGAGGCUACCGCCGAUAUGACACAUGAAUCGUGUGUUGCCUUCUGCGACAGCCGUGGUUUUAUCUACGCUGGAAUUGAAUUCGGGAACGAGUGCUAUUGCGACAACUUCAUACGCAAUACUGGCGCACUUGUCGAGGAUGGCUGCAGCAUGCCGUGUGCCGGUGACGAAGAGCAGAUCUGUGGCGGUCCCAAUCGCAUGACCGUCUUGAAGAGCGAUGCCGAGCCCCCUGUCCUUGCCGAGGUUCAGACCUACAAUGAGUGGACUACAGAAGGUUGUUAUACUGACAGUAUCAGUGCUCGCACCCUUCCUACAGCAGUUGGCGUCGUCAGCGGCCCUGUCACAGUCGGUCGGUGCAUCGACACUUGUCAAGCUGCCGGGUUCUUCUAUGCUGGUGUUGAAUUUGGUGCUGGCUGCUAUUGCGGAAAUGCCAUUGCCAAUGGUGCCCCGAGCGCUACUGGUUGCGACAUGCCCUGCGCCGGAGAUGUUUCUCAGCUAUGUGGUGGCGCUGAUCGCAUCAAUGUCUACAGUCGUCCAGGCGCUCCCAAUCCUCCUGGGGGUGGCGAGGGUGAGGGGGAAGGAGAGGGUGAGGGAGGCGGAGAGGAAGAGCCUGCGACCCCUCAAAACGUUCCAGGAUGGGCUCACCUUGGCUGCCACACCAGUGACACAGUCGCAGUGCGCUCCUUGACUGGUGCUAACACCGCUAGUGCUACAAUGACCCCGGCAACAUGUGCCGCCUUCUGCAACGAUUUCGAAUAUGCUGGCCUUGAGUAUGGUGCUGAAUGCUUCUGCGGCAACACCCUCGGCGGAGCCUCUGCUGCUGACGGUUGCACCAUGCCCUGCGCUGGCGCACCUGGCGCUAUGUGCGGGGGUCCCAAUCGCAUGAACCUUUAUCAAGUCAUUCGCACUCUUCCAGUGGGAUGGAGCGAAGCUGGUUGCUACACUGAUUCCGUCGCCGUCCGAUCGCUUACGGGUGCCAACACCGCUGGUGCUGACAUGACGCAUAUGAAGUGUGCAUCCCAUUGCGCCGGCCUUGGCUUCAUAUACGCCGGUGCUGAGUACGGUGCUGAAUGCUUCUGCGGAAACGAGCUUGCUGCCGGCGCUGCCGCUGAUGCGGCGGACUGUAACAUGCCGUGCUCCGGAGAUGCUGCCCAGUUCUGCGGUGGCCCCAACCGCAUGAAUUUGUUCGUUAGCGAUGGGACACCACUUCCCCCAGACCCAGAAGAUCCUGAGGAACCACCAGAGCCAACUGGCCCUGCCGUAGAGGUUCCUGGCUAUGGAGAAUGGACGUCUCUGGGCUGCACAAUUGAUAACAAUCCCGGCCGCAGCCUCCCUAUCGUUAUAGGCGUCCCUGGCGCCAUGACUAUCGAGAAGUGCUUAGAUGCAUGCUUCAACGCUGGAUAUGGCUUUGCAGGAACUGAAUAUGCCGCUGAGUGCUACUGUGGCGAAGCUCCUGCUGAAACUGCCGCUCCUGCUGCCGACGGGUGCAAUAUGGCCUGUGCUGGCAACGCUGAGCAACUAUGUGGUGGACCCAAUCGUUUGAACAUGUACUCUUAUGGCGGCGAUGAUCUCCCUCCCGUAACUCCUCCCGCGGGUCCUGGCGAUCCACCGACGGAGGCACCUCCACCAGUGACUGAAGGCCUUCCCGAACCCUGGCACUACGCCGGCUGCUGGGUAGACCAAGAAUUCGGCCGUAUCCUCACCUUUGGUAUCCCCGAUGUCCCCGAUCGCACCGUCGAGCAAUGUGUCAAUACCUGUAAAGACGCUGGCUAUACCCUCGCUGGUCUGGAGUAUGGUGUCCAAUGCUUCUGCAGCAAUGAAGUCCGUUAUGCAGGUCGCCUUGCAGACAACGACAAUGAGUGCAAUAUGCCUUGUGGUGGUGACGCCGAGCACGCUUGUGGGGCUGGUAAUCGUUUGUCGAUCUACUCCUCCACUGAAGAAGUUGCUGUCUAUCCUGUUCCUACCGCAAAGACAGAGGGAUUGCCUGGCAACUGGGAGUAUCAGGGAUGUUUCGCGGAGCCCGCUUAUCCUCUACCAAGGACGUACCUCCACCAGAUUGUAUAUGAGACCGACAUGACGGCAGAGGGCUGCCUCAACAGAUGUGCCGAGUACGGCUAUCUCUCUGCUGGCUUCGAGUUUGGUAAAGAAUGCUACUGCGGCGACCCCGAAGAUGUUACAACACGCGCGACUCCCGCACCAGAGGUUGAUUGCAACAUUGCUUGUAAUGCUGAUCCCGCAGCCAUUUGUGGCGGCCCACUACGCAUUACCGUGUACAGUUGGAUUGGCGGAGGAAACACUGUCUGGCAUCACCCAGAAAACACCGGCCAUUACGAGUUCCUCAUUGGCGCCCCCAUGGUUGCUCUGCAGACUACGCUCGGUAUCAACAACAAAGUCACUUUCCUCGAGAAGCUCGGCUCUGGCCCUGAGAACUCCACUCACGCCUACGAACUCGACUAUACACUCGCUAAUGACGUCGAAAAGGCAUGGCGCGAGAUGCAUGUCCUUACCGAUAUCUUCUGCUCUGCUGGCUCUAUCCUCCCUGAUAAGGCUGGUCGUCAACUCAACGUUGGUGGAUGGUCUCUUGAUUCCACAUUCGGCCUGCGUCUGUACUCUCCCGACGGUUCCCUCGGUGUCAACGGCACCAAUGAUUGGGAGGAAGAUGUCACGCGUCUCAGUCUUCAGCGUGGCCGUUGGUAUCCUACAUCCAUGGUCAUGUCCAAUGGCAGUAUUGUCGUCGUCGGUGGCCAAAUCGGUGCCAAUGAUAUCCCCGAGCCCACCCUCGAAGUCCUUCCCAAACCCGAAGGCGGCGCUACCUACCUGUACAUGGAUUGGCUAGAGCGCACCGACCCUUGGAAUCUCUAUCCCUUCAUGCACGUCCUUCCUGGCGGUGGCAUUUACGUUCAGUACCACAACGAGGCCAUCAUCCUCGAUCCUGUCACCUUCGGUACCGAUGUACAACUUCCAAUCCUCCCUGGCGCUGUCGACAAGCCUGGAGGACGUACGUAUCCUCUUGAAGGCACUGGUGUCAUGUUCCCUAUCCACGCACCAUAUACCGAUCCUGUCACUAUGAUGUCGUGCGGUGGCUCCGACGACUUCUACGGACUGGAUAACUGUGUUACUAUUCAACCUGAAGUCGAAGGUUCGACAUGGACAAUCGAACGCAUGCCCUUCCGUCGCGUUAUGAGCAACAUGGUUGGCUUGCCCGAUGGCACUUUCCUCAUCGUCAACGGCGCCCGUCAAGGUCAAGCCGGCUUCGGUCUCGCCAUCGAGCCGGUCCUCACUGCCCUCCUCUACGACCCCUACCAACCUCUCCACGAACGUAUCUCUGUUCUAGAUACUACCAUCGUCGCCCGUAUGUAUCACUCAGAGGCCAUCCUCCUCCAUGACGGUCGCGUCAUGAUCUCCGGUUCUGAUCCCCUCGAUCCACGAUUCCCCGAGGAGCAUCGCGUCGAAGUCUACAUCCCUCCCUAUCUCGAGUCUGGCCUCCCGCAGCCAACGUUCACCAUCGUAGACACUGAUUGGGAAUAUGGUGUGGCGUACACUGUUGUCAUCACGUCCGCUACUUCCAUUAACAUUCGCGCUUCCCUCAUCGGCGCCGAUACGAGCACCCAUGGCAACAACAUGGGUCAACGCACGAUAUUCCCUGCCAUUAGCUGUGUUGGUCUGGUCUGCCAGAUCACCGCUCCUCCCGACAACAAGAUUUGCCCACCUGGAUGGUUCCAACUAUUCAUUCUUGACGGUCCUACACCGUCAUAUUCAGUAUGGGUCCGCAUUGGUGGUGACCCUGCGCAGCUCGGAAACUGGCCUAAUAUCGAAGGCUUUGAGCUUCCUGGUCUGUAA